GAUAAAUUUGUCGAAUAUAUAGGUAUGAAACUUUUAUCAAUCUAUUCCGUUAGAUUAUGUUGACUAAAAACUGAAGCAAAGAACAGUCUUGAAUGCGACUUACCUACUUACACAGUGUUUACAUUACGAUGGUGACCGUAGUGGAGCUGAUGAGUCUCCUGCUGGUGUCGGUGCUGUGGGGCUGCACCAACCCUCUCCUGAAGAGAGGCACAGAGGGGAUAGAAAACGUGACCAAGACCAGCAGAGUCUCACAGCUCCUGGCUGAGGUCAAGUUUCUUUUCCUGAACCUCAAGUACCUGGUCCCAUUUCUUCUGAACCAGAGUGGCUCCUUGGUCUACUAUUAUACACUUUCCACCACAGAGUUAUCGCUCGCUGUUCCUGUCACCAACUCGCUCACCUUCCUUUGCACUCUGCUCACUGGCAAGUUACUGGGUGAAGAGUUUGGAGGCAAACAGGCUGUCGUGGGAAUGUUCCUCACCAUGGCUGGCAUCACUCUGUGUGUUAUAAGCUCCAUUGAUGACAAAGACACUGGGAAGCAGAAUAUGACGCGAGCCGUGCACUAGCAGAGAUCAGGAUUAGAGUGAAUUCUCCUACACCUUCAAGUGAUUCCUCAGCAGGGAAUGAAAAAAAGGCCAAUGCAAAGUUGGAGGAGGACUAGUGGGGGCAAUUUAGAUUCAGACAGCCCCUCCUUACAGCACCAACUCUGGUGGGAGAAUUGUGCCUAAAUGAACUCAGCUGGGGCUUCAAAAGACCUGUCCAGAAACCCUUACACCAAGUUGAAGGGGAACUGGGUUCAUACAGGGUCCACCUCUAGGCCGGACCAGAUUUAUGGCGCUUGUAUAGAAGUUGGCGGUUGUUAACUUUUACUUGUAAGCACUCUGCGGCCCCGGCAUGUGACUGGGAUCUGCAUAAAUGCUUUAGAGACCACAUACAAAUACGGCUGGGGUUUCAAAUGGACCAAUUAGAUCUAACCUCCUGGUUUAACGGGGGCAUUUUACUGCGGCUGCCUUCUGUCCGCUGUGGUGUGUGUUUGGGCAUGAGGACACUGGCGAGAACAAACUGCUGUUUAGCUCCAGCAUAAAGCUGCUUUUCAUACUUGUUUUCUCCUCAUCCCCUGCUUGGUAUUUCAGAAAUAACACUAAUGUGCAAAGUAAUACGUGUAUGUUUUUAUUCUCACAGUAUUUAAUUGACACGCAACACUGUACAGAUGACUUUUUUUUUUUUUGCAUCUAUUCAGCUUUUGAUGUGGCUGAUGUUGUACUAAUAAAUUGUUGGCAAAACACGACUUUUCAUGUUAUGAUUUCCACCACUGAUUUCUGCAAAUCAAAAUACAUUCAGGCCUAAAAUGUCCCAAAAUAUGUUUAUGUACAUAUCGCAUUUGGAAUAAAUUGCAUCAUUUAACAUCUACACAAUGUCUGUAUCAGAAUUUAAGGUGGACACAGUGUCAUAAACCAAUGUCCAAUACAACAAACACUACCUUUUAGGAAGCUUAUAAUGCUUAUAGAUUGAUAUUGUGUACAUCUCCUGUACUGUUUGUUCUUAUUUUAUUUGAGGCUGUUCACAUGUUUGACUCUUCCAACACAAAUGAAUUUUGUCACUUGGCUAAUCACCACAGUGAAAGUACUUCCAGUUUAAUCAAACAUUCAUGUAGCCAUGAGGAGCAAUCGCUGGACUGUAGUCAAGCUGUUACGAUGAUGCAAAAUCCUCCUGAUGAUGGUUCUGUCAUAC